AGAUUAGGCGUGAAGGUCUCGCAGAAGCAGCCGUCUCGAGAGUGGGGGUUGAGCGACAGUUCCUUGUGUUGAUUAUUUUCUUGUUACUUGGCCAUUCUCUAAGUGAUUCCUAUGUCAGCCUUCUCAUCCCUUUCUCAUAUGAGCCCUCCCUCGUAAUGUGCUGUUCGCAUUGCGGGCCCUUUUAGUUUCUGCGUCGACGCUGCGCCGCUAGGGAGAAAGGAACGACGACGCUUUCAAACGAGGCCGUUCGCCGGGUAGCGAACAGUCGAGGCAGCCGCAUCCAGGAAAGCGUCGUCUGACAGAGGACGCUGCCCGGUAGCUCCGAAACAUGGCGUUGACACGUCGAACCCUGGUUACGGCGGUGCUGCUGGUCGUCCUCGCCUCGAUGGCCGCACAGAGCUGGGCGCAGAACGCUCAACGAGCUCCCAGCCCAGCGAGGCCCGCGCACAGUGGAGGUCCAUCGUCCAACACCCGGUCGCAUUCGCCGACUCGCGGUGGCUCUGGCGCUGCGGACGCCCGGACGGACCGUCGGAGGCGGCCCGACCGACCGCGCACUCCGGCCGGUUCGCCCAACGCCACCUACGACUACUUCAUCCUCAGUCAGCAGUGGAGCCCUGGAAUAUGUGCCGCUGAACCACAAUGCGUCUCGACCAGCAAGAAAAACUACUGGACCAUCCACGGCCUUUGGCCAUCCGGUGACAACACUUCGCCAAGCUUCUGCGUAGACGAACAGUUCAACGGCCGUGUCCUUGACCCCAUUAAGAGGGACCUCAACAAGUACUGGCCUUCACUGACCAGUGCCGAAGCACGAUACUUCACGUUUUGGCGCCACCAGUGGCAGAAGCACGGCACCUGCGCCGGCGACGUUCCCGCACUGAACGGCCUCUUCAACUUCUUCAACUCCACCCUCGCUGUCUACAAAAAGUACAACAUAUUCCAAUUUCUGUCGAACAGCCUUAUUAGGCCCAGUGUCGUCAGAACGUACUCGGCCUCAGAAAUCCGUAACGCCCUCUCGGACGACAUUCGAGAGAAGGUCAACAUCGUGUGCAGCCAAAGAGUUCCGAAUAGGGACGCGCCUGUUCUGACCGAGAUUCGCUUCUGCCUCAACAAGAACCUGGAGACGGUCAACUGCCAAGGAAAGAACGGCGGCUGCGGACGUCGGAACUACUACCUGCCGGCGCGGCCGUAGAACCUUUUCAUCAUCAUCGGCGAAGACCAAAGACAAAGGCCACGAGACGAGAACGGACCGCUGUUUGCGGGAAUAAGCCAACGCCUGUUACAAAGAACUGUUCUUGAUGUCGCGAACAUGGAGCGGCGCUCAUGGCUCCCAGACGAAUGAGCUGGCGACAGUAAGGGUUGAAAUUUAUGCCAGCGCUUAACUUAGCAAGGAAUCAUAAUCGCUCUCCGGCGUCGAUUAGAGCGACACCAAUUAUAAUGGUUCCAUUAUACACACGCUCGUGAAGCAACCGAUUUAUGGACACUGUUUUCGUAAAAUGGCUUUCAAUUUUUGUUUUCAUAUCGCAGCCCUGUUUACCCUUUUUUCAUUACCAUUCUACCUCUGCCUGAUCAAUAAAUCCUAUUCCUAUAAUUUCUUA